AUGUCCCAAGCCACUAAACGCAAACAUGUUUUCAAGGAGGUGCUCGGAGACUAUGUCACUCCGACUGACAAUCAACAGAUCGUAAGGGUUGUUGGUAGCCCUGGUAACAACCUCCACGAGGCUGCUACAUCAGAGGGCGAAAGGUAUCUGGUGAGCAUGCCCACUAAGUUCCGCAAGAACAUCUGGAUCAAGCGAGGCGACUUUGUGAUCGUGGAUCCGAUUGAGGAGGGAGAUAAGGUGAAAGGAGAGAUCAGUGCCAUCCUCUACAGGGAUCACAUCCAUUAUCUACAGAAGCUGGGAAUGUGGCCUGAAGGCUUCCGGGAAAACCGAUUGUCAGAGGAGAGAAAGGACGGAGAGCAGCAAAAAGGCGAGGACAAGGGAGAGGAGGAAGAGGAGUGUGGCGACAACAGUGAGUCUGAGGAGGACGACAGUGACCUCUUUGUCAACACCAAUCGCAACAACUAUCACUACACUGAGAGUGAAGAGGAUGAAGACGACGACGAGGAUGGUGAUGAAGACGAAGAGGAGGAGGAGGAGGGUGCUGAAAAGAGUGUGUAA